AUGUUCACGCAAAAGACCGAAAAGAUCAUCGACCGCCAGAUUCGACAAAUCACGUUUUUGUCGCAAUAUAUAAACCACGUCGAACAUCUGCAAGGCGACAAGAACAUAGUCCCGGACGCGCUAUCAAGGUUUGAAGUUUCGGCCAUGCAAGUAGUCCUUCCCGAUCUUAAACAAUGGUCCACCGACCUAGCCAACGAUCCUGAGCUUAAAGAUAUACUGACCGGCACCACCGAAACCGCUCUCAAAAUCGAACCUCGAAGCACCGCCGAAGGUACCAUCUACCCAGACACCUCGACAAAGCAAACGCGCAUGUACGAACCGCUGCAACAUCGACGUACCGUUUUUGACGGGCUACGCGGCCAAGCCCACGGAGGUGGCAGUGCUACUUCACGUCUCAUUAAAGCAAGAUACUGUUGGCCCUGUAUGGACAAGCAGAUAAAGUAUUGGACCAAAUGCUGCAUUCAAUGUCAACGCACCAAGGUAUUUAAACACAUCGUGUCACCCAUAACGCCUUUCGCGCCGUUUCGGACACAUACACGUCGAUCUAAUUGGUCCACUGCCCCCAUCCAACGGCUGCAACGACACUCACGACGCAGUGGAUAUCUCGUUUUGGGGUCCCCGACGUGGUCACAACUGACCAAGGACGCCAAUUCAAAUCCUGACCACCCUCACAGCGAACCUCGGCAUCCAACACCUCAGAACCUCCCCUACCAUCCUCAGGCCAAUGGUUUGGUAGAAAGAUUUCACCGCAAGCUCAAAACCGCCAUCCAAGCGCAGGACACCGAAAACUGGAGCUUACGGCUUCCCAUCGUCCUACUGCCCCUCCGAAACACGAUCAAGCCGGACAUAGGUCACUCACCUGCGGAGAUGGUAUACGGCAUGUCACUACGGCUACCAGGCGAGAUGUUUCAUCCCGCUCCACCCGACGCUAAAACAAUGAUUUUAGAACCAUUUAUAUACCUCGUCACCAUGUAA